UGGACACAUCACUGUUUAGCUCCUGUCACGCUUUUAUGAUAAAUCUGAAAUCCGGAAUCUGAAAUCGUACAUCGAGACGUUAACAUCAUCAUCGCCGCACAUUCGCAGCGCCGUCGGAUCGGAUUGGUUCGGUUUCAUUAUCAGCGGGAAUCGCAGGAUACUCCACUUGCCGUCGCCUCUCUACGGUUGCAUAUAAUUAUGGAGCUUUAUCCUGUGAUAUCCUCGAAAAGUGUGUUUUAAAAAGUGGUGUUUCUAACAAAAAUUUGGAAAAGAGUGAUUUUUAAAGAACCUUAAUAAGCCGUGCUAAUCAAAAUUACAUAAUUUCUUAAAAUGAAUAAAGAAGAAAAUUCCUCCGAAACACGCCCAUCAUCGCAAGAGCUCCACAGUCCCCAGCGGCAUUGCUAUACACCACCGACGGCGCCUAUGCAUGGCCAGGCGGCUCCACCGACAUCCGUGGGCGUGGCACCGGCCACACAACAGCCUCCUCCUCAUCCCGCCGCAUCCAAUGUGCCUGCUGGUCGAUUGCUAAGCUGGAAUCACAGUGCAGCAGCAGCUGCGGCUGCGGCAGCAGCAGCGGCAGCCAACUCCAUGAACCACUCGUCAGCGGCCGAGUCUUCGUCGAUGACCCGGAUUAAGGGUCAGAAUCUGGGCCUCAUCUGCGUGGUGUGUGGCGAUACUAGCUCUGGAAAGCACUACGGAAUCCUUGCCUGCAAUGGCUGCUCGGGAUUCUUCAAGCGCAGUGUGCGGCGGAAACUCAUUUAUCGCUGCCAGGCGGGAACUGGACGGUGUGUGGUGGACAAAGCCCAUCGGAAUCAAUGCCAGGCCUGCAGGCUCAAGAAGUGCCUUCAAAUGGGAAUGAACAAGGAUGCCGUGCAAAAUGAGCGACAGCCCCGCAACACGGCCACUAUACGGCCGGAGACACUGCGGGAGAUGGAACACGGGCGGGCGCUGCGAGAGGCCGCCGUGGCCGUCGGGGUUUUUGGACCACCCGUGCUACUGUCGCCUCCCUGCUAUGGCUCCGGACUCCUGCCACCGCCGUCAUUGGGCAGCCUGCCGACGGGACGACUGCUGCAUCACAACCACCUCACCUCCUCCAUGCAAUUGGCGGCAAAUCACAUGGGCGCUGGCAGUUUUCCCAUGUUCAAUCCCGCCGGAGUACAUAAUUCGCCCAAGGAGAAGGCCUAUGGCAUGGAGAUGGCCAGCAGUGGCAAUGUCUCACACUCGACCAAUUCGAGCAGCAAUCAUUCCAUCGAUCCGAGUUCACCGGCGCCGGAAAAUGCCAAAGAGAAAAACAAUGCCGGCGGAAGCGUGUCCUCCAUUAGCUCCUCCAGUCCCACUAUGGAAAAUGACAAUGAUGAUGACUCCAUAGAUGUAACCAAUGACAACGAGGAGCCACACACGGUCAGCAGAUCGGAUUCCAGCUUCAUCAUGCCACAGUUCAUGUCGCCCAAUCUAUAUGCCCAUCAGCACGAGACGGUCUAUGAGACGAGUGCCCGACUGCUCUUCAUGGCCGUCAAGUGGGCCAAGAACCUGCCCAGUUUUGCCCGUCUUUCCUUUAGGGAUCAGGUCAUUCUGCUGGAGGAGUCUUGGUCAGAGCUCUUCCUGCUGAAUGCCAUCCAAUGGUGCAUCCCCUUGGAUCCUACUGGCUGUGCGCUCUUUUCAGUGGCGGAGCACUGCAAUAAUCUGGAGAACAACGCCAAUGGAGACACUUGCAUAACCAAGGAAGAGCUUGCGGCGGAUGUGCGAACGCUCCACGAGAUCUUCUGCAAAUACAAGGCGGUGCUGGUUGAUCCUGCAGAGUUUGCUUGCCUCAAGGCGAUAGUUUUGUUCCGACCGGAGACCCGUGGACUGAAGGAUCCGGCACAGAUUGAGAACCUCCAGGAUCAGGCCCAUGUCAUGCUGUCACAGCACACGAAAACGCAGUUCACGGCCCAGAUCGCCAGAUUCGGACGACUCCUUCUCAUGUUGCCGCUGCUGCGCAUAAUCAGCUCUCAUAAGAUCGAGUCCAUCUACUUUCAGCGUACGAUUGGCAACACGCCCAUGGAGAAGGUGCUCUGCGACAUGUAUAAGAACUAGUUAACUCGGGCUUUAAGUUACAACAAAUUUAAAUAAAUAUGUUUUUGU